AAUAUUAAAUAUUUGUAUUCACCAUUAAUUUCCAGUUAUUUUUUUAAUAAUACUAAUAACGGCUUUAUUCUCAAUAGUUUUUAACAUAAUUUUCAGCUCAUUUUAUCGCAUGAUAUUUUCUCUUCGUCCAGGAUCUUCAAAUAAAGUUUUGAUUGACAAUAGGUCGUGUAACAUAUUUCUAUCUGACAUGAAGUGCAAACCAAUCCAUCGCCAUAAUAUCUCUUCUGUGUCUCCUUCAAGAAAUACACAACAUUUGGUUGAAUGUCAGCUUACUUGCUCGUCUGGAGCAAAGUAUGUCAACCGUACGCAACGUCAGGUCAACAUACGUAUUCUUGGACCCUCUCCAGCUUGGUUAGUCAGAGGAGAAAAGAAGAAAAGCAGCAGCUAUAUCCUCGAACACCUUGUCAUCUCCGGACAUUGAGCACCCCCACUUGCAUGAAUGCUUCAUAGUGCU